AUGGCGAAGAAGAGACUGUGGAUACCUGCCCGUGCGACUGGGAAGAAGGACGUGAUGCAUAUUCUAGAGCCAGCCCUGGAACGGAGCAAAGAGCUGGAAGUAGAUAAUGCGAGGAAGACUCUGCAGGUUGAUACCGAGAGACGGCGCGGCUCACUGGCCAGAGGCACAUCCAGUCACAUCGAAAAGGCACAGGUUUGCUGCGUGAUUCGCCCACUGACAGCUCCCAUCCCUGUUCGAAGAAGCAAGCAGGAAGUUAACUAUUCUUGUCCUUCAUGGAGGUUCCCACAUGGUGCAUAA